AUGGAAGCAAACUCUACCAAAUAUGAGCUAAAAAAAGGUGAGAAUAAGGGAGAGAGACUGAAUCCAAUAAUACCAAUAGGAACUGAUGUUAGUGAAAGCAGUAGCAAUGCUAUUGUUACAGCUGCUGCUGCAGUUUCUGCAACUCCCCUUGCGAAAGAAGGUUAUGCUAAUGCUGCAUCCUCUUCAUCCUCACAGGUGAGAGCACCACCUCCUUUCUUGCUCAAGGUUUAUGACAUAGUGAAGAACCCUGAGACAGAUUCCAUCAUAUCCUGGAGUUCUAGUGGCACCAGCUUCAUUGUGUGGGAUCCUCACAGGUUUGCUGCUGAGGGGUUCAGAAAGAUCAAUUGGGAUAGAUUGGAAUUCCAGAAUGCAUGGUUCCAAAAAGGUAAGAAGAGUUGGCUAAAGAAAAUUAAGAGAAGAAUUCAAGGAACUCAAAAUGCACAUCUAUGUAAGCCAUUAGGAACUGAAGGACAAUUGAGUUUGUCUGGAGAGCAAAAGAAAUUUGAAAGUCUAAUGCAAGAACAUGAUGCGUUGAAGGUGGAAAUAAUGAAGCUGAAAGACAUGGAAGAAAAUUCAGUGAAAGAAAUGGAAAUCCUUGAGAAACAAGCCCAGUGUAUUACAUCCAAGCUACAAAAUAUGCUGAAGUAUACGAUCCAUGAACUUCUGAUAAGAAAAAAAAAGCUGCAGAGCAAUAAUGCUGCAAAUGAACAGGGAUCAGGUGGAAGACAAAGCAUUGAGAGCUUAGUAGAGCUCCUAAAUGAAGGGGAAACAUCUCAUGGGAGCUGGAAAAACUCUCCUAGGGCACAAUCAGGUACGGGAAAGACAUUUUCAAAUGUUAACUUGAGCACUGCUGUUCAGGAGGAGGAGGAUUGUACUGUUUCCAUGGGAAGAUUUUCUGAUUUCUAUACUGCAGUAUACUCAUUGCUAGAGAAGCAGCUAAUGGAUGAUAUAAGCUGUGAGAAUGUGCCUGAAGAAGAAAGAGCAAAGCUUCAGCAAAAUGAUGUCAUCCCUUUGGAGGAUUUGAUUGAAGGACCGGCAAAUUGGAAUGAGUUUGCUAAAGGGAUAGGUAACAAAGCCAGGAGUUAG